GUUUUUGAAAAGCCUCAGUUGUCUAUUACUGCUAGAACAUCAUGGACUGAAGCUUUGAACAUGGAAGUGAAACGAAAUAGAGGCUUCAAUGAAGCUUGCGAGAGCAUCCAAAAUGACAAAGAAAUUGAAAUAGAUGGGGAAAAAAUUACAUUUGAUACAACACUGGCUGCCGCUAUAAAACACUUUUGCCUUUCAAGUUUUAAACGUGUUGAGUACAGUGACGAUGCCCAAACCAUCAAAAUUUCCAGUGACACACUUACAGAGUUUGUUUUGACCGGCGAAAGGAAUGAUAAACUUGAAUUAUACAACACAAAGUUUAUUUUAGAACUCUGGGAUGCUGCACAAGAGCUUGAGACUCCCUGCCUCCUAAGAAACUGUGAAACGAUAGUAGGCCAGAUCCUUUCUGAGGAAAAUUUUGAGCAUAUCUACAUAAAGGCCAAUCUUUACCAAUCACCUGUCCUGUGGCAUACUAGAAGAUUUUUGCGAUGCCACUUUGGUUCAGGAAAUCGCAUCAUGAGUCUGACUCGAAUUUUUUACCUAUGAAGAUUUUAUUUACUUAUUAAGUGAACAUACAUGAAAUGUACCCAGUCAGGACGAAGUCCUGAGGAGAGUUUUUGAUUGGGCUGAGAACUAUGAAAAACAGGACCGAAAUUUUGGAAUCAGCAAAGAAGAUCGAGCUCAGAAAUCUCCGAAAAGAAAAAAGGACGUUGAAGUUUCAUUUAAGGAAGGCGAUCAGAGUUCUAAGCUCGCUAAUCUCCGACUGGAGUACGGCCAGCAAUGAAUGUAUUUAAGAGCUCUCUAAACAUGAUUUAUGUGAAAAAGACACAGAAGCAAAGCUUUUCAUUUCUAAAGUCCUAAAUUACAAGCUAGACACAACCCCUAAAUUGAAUGCAGAGUGCCCCCGUGUAGGUGUAUUAGCUGACCAAGAUGGAAUCAACGCUCUGUUCCUCCAUAGUGACCUUUGGGUGAGACUUCCCAAAUGUCCACUCCAUACACAAAUAACAAAUGUCACUGUGUUUGACAACGAACUCUAUGUCAUAAGCAGCGCAGAUUUGGAAAGUUUAAUGUUUGUGUUUAGAAACAAAGAAUGGAAAUUUGUUAUAGACCUACCCGGAAAGACGUUUAUUGUUGUUUCUAAAGGCUGCUAUAUCUACGUCAUAGACGGCACAAGCAGCAGCGUCAAAUGUGUGUCGCCGAGAGAGACCCCAGUUCUACAUAGCGAGAUCAAGUUCCCUGACAUGAUGAGAAAUCCAGAGAGCGCUUUAGACUUUGACAAAAGUAUCUUGAUUUUCUAUUCCACUGACUCUGAUGAAAGGUCGGCAGUGAUUUCUUUAGACGUGCCAGAACAUAAAUGGACUGAUGUUGGAAGUCUAGAAGGUUCAUCUAAAAAUUUGGUUGGUUUCAGAAAUGAAACAAAUUACUUUAUCCUGCAAAGAGAUGGGUCAAUCAGUCAAGUGUUGAGGAAGCAAGAUGAAAGCAUUGAAUUUACAUUGCUAAAGCGUUUGUGGUCUAUUCAAAGCUCUCUACGAGGCGCCUUUAUCUACAGUGACGCACUCUACAUCUUCAGCAACUCUCCCGUUGAGCGUUCCAGUCUUUGUGGACUUUUGGGCGUAUUUUGGAGUAUCGUGUACUGGUAUCGUGAACAAGUGGCUUCCAAGUUCUUAGAAUGUAUUUUACCGAUUGAGGCUCUACGUUUGGGAGAAUCGAUACAUUCUCCUAAAGGUAUAUUUGCAUAAAUGUACUUUCUAAUCUUAAAUACUUCUGUUUCUGAACUUAUUUACGCACCGACUGUGAAGAGAAAUCAUACGUAAGCUCCCUUUACUGCUUAAGAGUCAGAAAGUUAUAUUUAGAUACAAAUGAAAGAUUCAAAAUAAUGGCAUUCAAUUUUUUUCAGACUGAAGCAGAGUAUGCCACUAUAUAUAUAUAUUACUGUUCCUUAUAUCUAGUGCUUUAUUGUAAGAGGCAAUGCAAGAUGUAGCAGGAUUGAAACUACGUACAAAGGUGGCUUUAAUCUUAAGUGAUUAUUACGUUACAAUUUAAAUAUCACGUUUAGUGCAUAUGCCAUUGAAUUUAGUAUCAUCCAGCUUGUGGAAAAUAAAUAUAAUUAAACUUUGA